UUCAAACAUUUCCAGUAUAUGAUACUUCAAGUUUUGAGGCUCUUCCUAAGGCCGUAAGUAUUUGUAUGUAGGAACGGAUGAUGCCGUCUCCUCUUUGACAAAUACUCAACGGGAUUCUAGAUUGCGGAGAAACAGCCGCUGGAAAUAAAUUUUCUCUCUCACAUUCCUGGCUGCAAGAAGAAAACGCCCAGGCACAAAAGCUGCCCCUCCACGUUUGCUUUCUCUUGCACCAUGUCUCAGUAUCCCUCUCUCCAAGACUCGCACGCAGACCGUUUAGGAAGUUCCUACCCUGGUUCUCUCUCUUCUUCCUUUCAUUCUAGAAUGAAAUUCGCCCUCCUCCCAGCAGAACUCAGACUCAAGAUCUACACCCUCUCCCUCCCUGGCCCCAGAUUAAUACCCAUCCACUACCUCUCCGCCAACACAACACCACCUCCCUCUCCAUCCCCAUACUCAUACUCAACCUCCUACCCCCCGCAAAAACGUAUCUGCCGCCGCCGUCCAACCAUCACCACCUCACCCCAAAACCCCUCGCACACAGGCUGCACAUCCCCGGCCGCGAUCCCAGCCCUGCUCCACGUCAACCGGGAAGCUCGUCUCCUGGCCUCGUCGCACUAUACCCUCUCCUUCUCGCUCGCGGGCCCGUUCUUUGAGCCGAAAAUCUGGUUCCGGCAAGGACAAGAUGUGCUGUAUUUCCCGGCCGUGCCAGGCUUCCUGGCCACGGUGAAGCAUUGGACGAGUAUUUGCUGCUUGAUUAAAGGCGGGGAGCUGGGAAUGGUGAGGAGGCUGGCGGUCCAUGAGGAUUUGUUUUUAGAGGAGAGGAAGAGAAUGCGAUGGAUGUUGUAUCUGGGAAAGAGAGAGAGUUUUGUGGAGAAGGUUAGGAGGAUUGAGUGUGAGGUUGAGGAAGAAGCUGGUGGGAAUUGGCGGGUUCCUAGAUGGAGGGUUUUGAAGGGAGGUGUGGAGUUUAGGUCGCCUUAUUGAGGUGUAUGAGAUUGGUGUUUGGAUAAAGAGAGGUUUGGAUGUAAGAAUUGGAUGUAUGAUACGGAAAAAUGGAAACUGGAAUCCGAGGGAGGGAAAACAUCUGUAAAUGUAUAACUAUUGGCUGUAUAUAAAGGGAAAAAAUGAGAAUUAUGUGAGCGAUACAACAUUUUUCUGGGAUUGAUUCAGUUGAUGAAGUUUUAGUAGGCAUCUG